UGAAUAUUUACAACCUUCCUCUUUAACGAUCAAAUUUAAUGAUUUUGUUCAUUGAUAAGGUACAUUGUGAGCAAUCUCAGUUUCAGGAAGGUGUAAGGAAUUGUUCAUGUGGUUGAAAAUAAGGAUGGCUCUUUACGUGACCCGGCUCACGGUAAAGUCACGUUUCAACUCGGGGGAAGCCGAGGUAACAAGAAUCCGGCAGAAGUAUCAUUUAACGUCUAUAAAUAGCCUCCGUAGACCGCCUUCUCGUCAAAUUUUGCUGCGGUUUCGCCUGGUACAUAUCGUCAGACUUCUGGAUAAAGACUCUGGCGAACUGAACAAAGGUAUUGGAACAGAACGAGAACUGUGCGAGACGAUUCCCUUAAUAACAACAAAGAAUGAUGAAAAUCUUUGUUUUAGUUCUCUGUGCAAGUUUGCAUCUUGGCAGUGCAGAUUCUUCUGAUUCCGUUAACUUCAUAUCAAUUGGAUGUUACUACCCCGGGGCCGCACCACGGGCGAUCCCUAGCCUAGAGGGACAAGACCCACGUCUGGAUGGAGGGAACUACAAAACGAGAAAAGAUGCAAUAGAAAAGUGCGCGUCUGUAGCUAAGCAACGCGGAUACAAAGUGUUUGCUCUUCAAGAUGGCGGCAUGUGCUCAAGUAGUUCCACCGCGCACAUGACCUUUCAGACAUAUGGCUGGUCAAGUCAGUGCAAAAGCGAUGGAAGAGGAGGGAGGAUAGCAAAUCAUGUUUACGCUGUUGGAGGAAUCAAGGAUCUCUAUUCUGCAAUUGAGUACAAAUCACUUGGAUGUUACAAAUACAACAUGGAGAUGACUGUUCUGGAAGGAACAGACCUGGAUGUUCUAGACGGUGACUACAAGCUAAGAACAGAUGCAAUUGCGAAGUGCGCACUGGCAGCCUUAAAGAUAGGAUAUAUUAUUUUCGCUAUUCAUGAUGGCGGCUCAUGUCUUAUCAGUGGAUUACACCCCCCAACUUUCAACAAGUUUGGAAUCUCACAGGAUUGUAAAAGCGAUGGAAAAGGUGCACCAGGGGCACAUCAUGUCUAUGUUACUGGGGGUAUUCAAGCUCUAGCGGAUCGCACUGAAUCUGGAAUUCGUCGGGGAUGUUACAAAGACCUACCUGUGCGAGCCAUGGAAAUCCUUGAAGGAAAAGACCACCUUCUUGACGGCAACUAUACCACAAGAAAAAAUGCAAUCGAGAAAUGCUUGCUGGUUGGGAGAGGUCGUGGAUAUCCAAUUGUGGGUAUCGAAGAUGGUGGUAUGUGUGUUGGUAGUCCCACGCUGAAAGAUUUUAACAAAUAUGGAAUCUCCCGAGAUUGCAAAAGUGAGGGAAAAGGAGGACCUUGGGCCACUGAAGUGCACGCUUUUACAUCAAUGGAAGAUUUUCUGUCCUCUGUUAAGUACGAAUCACUUGGCUGUUACAGAGAUAAACGUGCAGGAGCUAUUCCAUCCAUGGAAACAACCGACGCUCUUCUCAAAGAUGAUUAUUCACUGAGAAAUCAUGCUAUUCAGAAGUGCGCUGUGGCAGCCUUGACACGGGGAUAUAAAAUGUUUGCAAUUCAAGGUGGCGGUAUGUGUGUUGGUAGCCCCAAUGCACACAAGGUGUAUGGCAAGUACGGUAAAUCACAGGAUUGUAAGAAUGACGGAAAAGGAGGAGUCGGGGCUAACCAUGUUUACAAUCUGACAGGAACCAUGGAAGACAUUCUUUCGCCGUUUAUUCACAUGUAUUAUGAUGAUCAAAAGCUUGGAUGUUUCAAGGACUCACAAGCUCGUGACAUUCCUAGCCUAGAAGGACAGGACCCUGUGCUAGAUGGCGACUACACAACAAGACAAGAUGCCGCUAGGAAGUGUGCUCUCGCUGCUAAGAAGCGAGAACAUAAAGUGUAUGUUUUUAUGUCCGACGGGCAGUGCUCCAGUGGCGCCGAUACUGCAAAGAGUUUUGCCAAGUUUGGCCACGGCGAGACUGAGUGCUCAGCAAUGGGGGCUAACAACAAAGUGUAUAAUUCUGAAUAUAACAGCGUUGACGUCCUGCUACCAUAUAUGGAGUACGAGUCUGUUGGAUGCUUCAAAGACUCAGACAUUGGAAGAGUGGAUGGAUAUCAUAACAAUUUUCCAAGUGCAACCCUACUAGACAAUGAUUACAAAACAAGACAACAAGCAAUCCAAAAAUGCGCUGUAUUUGCAAAGCUAAAAGGGUACAAGAUGUUUGGGAUUCAAGAUGGUGGUAUGUGUGUCACCAGUGUCAGCGCUCAUAAAACGUACAACAAAUACGGUGAAUCAAAAGAUUGUAAAAGCGAUGGUAAAGGAGGACCCUGGGCCAAUCAAGUUUAUCGUUUCCCGGAAAGAAAAGGUAAUUCAUGUUUUGUGAUGACAGGGGCGGACACUAUAAAUACAGAAUCAGAGGGCUCAUCUUUUGACAAAACAUCCUGUGUUCAUUUUUCCAAUAUAUUUUGCAUUACAGCUCUAGCGGAUCGCACUGAAUCUGGAAUUCGUCGGGGAUGUUACAAAGACCUACCUGUGCGAGCCAUGGAAAUCCUUGAAGGAAAAGACCACCUUCUUGACGGCAACUAUACCACAAGAAAAAAUGCAAUCGAGAAAUGCUUGCUGGUUGGGAGAGGUCGUGGAUAUCCAAUUGUGGGUAUCGAAGAUGGUGGUAUGUGUGUUGGUAGUCCCACGCUGAAAGAUUUUAACAAAUAUGGAAUCUCCCGAGAUUGCAAAAGUGAUGGAAAAGGAGGACCUUGGGCCACUGAAGUGCACGCUUUUACAUCAAUGGAAGAUUUUCUGUCCUCUGUUAAGUACGAAUCACUUGGCUGUUACAGAGAUAAACGUGCAGGAGCUAUUCCAUCCAUGGAAACAACCGACGCUCUUCUCAAAGAUGAUUAUUCACUGAGAAAUCAUGCUAUUCAGAAGUGCGCUGUGGCAGCCUUGACACGGGGAUAUAAAAUGUUUGCAAUUCAAGGUGGCGGUAUGUGUGUUGGUAGCCCCAAUGCACACAAGGUGUAUGGCAAGUACGGUAAAUCACAGGAUUGUAAGAAUGACGGAAAAGGAGGAGUCGGGGCUAACCAUGUUUACAAUCUGACAGGAACCAUGGAAGACAUUCUUUCGCCGUUUAUUCACAUGUAUUAUGAUGAUCAAAAGCUUGGAUGUUUCAAGGACUCACAAGCUCGUGACAUUCCUAGCCUAGAAGGACAGGACCCUGUGCUAGAUGGCGACUACACAACAAGACAAGAUGCCGCUAGGAAGUGUGCUCUCGCUGCUAAGAAGCGAGAACAUAAAGUGUAUGUUUUUAUGUCCGAUGGGCAGUGCUCCAGUGGCGCCGAUACUGCAAAGAGUUUUGCCAAGUUUGGCCACGGCGAGACUGAGUGCUCAGCAAUGGGGGCUAACAACAAAGUGUAUAAUUCUGAAUAUAACAGCGUUGACGUCCUGCUACCAUAUAUGGAGUACGAGUCUGUUGGAUGCUUCAAAGACUCAAAUGAACGAGCUAUUGAGAGCGUGGAUGGAAAAAAUCAUCACAAUUUUCCAAGUCCAUCCCUACUAAGCAAUGAUUACAAAACAAGACAACAAGCAAUCCAAAAAUGUGCUGUAUUUGCAAUGCUACAAGGGUAUAAGAUGUUUGGGAUUCAAGAUGGCGGUAUGUGUGUUACAAGUCCCACGGCUCAUAAAACAUACAACAAAUACGGUGAAUCACAAGAAUGUAAAAGCGAUGGCAAAGGAGGACUUUUGGCCAAUCAAGUUUAUCGUUUCCCGGGAAGAAAAGAUUCUUUUGACGCCGUUAACAUCACAUCAAUCGGAUGUUACCGUGACUUAGAGGAUUAUCCGGCUAUCCCUAGGCUAGAGGGACAAGACCCGCGUCUGGAUGGAGCGAACUACAAAGGGAGAACCGAUGCAAUAGAAAAGUGUGCAUUUGUAGCUAAGCAACGCGGGAACAAAGUGUUUGCUCUUCAAGAUGGUGGCAUGUGCUUAAGUAGUUCCACUGCGCACAUGACCUUUCAGGUAUAUGGCUCGUCAAGUCGGUGCAAAAGCGAUGGAAGAGGAGGGAAAGAAGCAAAUUAUGUUUACGUUAUUGGAGGAAUCAAGGUCCUGCUACCAUAUAUGGAGUACGAGUCUGUUGGAUGCUUCAAAGACUCAAAUGAACGAGCUAUUGAGAGCGUGGAUGGAAAAAAUCAUCACAAUUUUCCAAGUCCAUCCCUGCUAAGCAAUGAUUACAAAACAAGACAACAAGCAAUCCAAAAAUGUGCUGUAUUUGCAAUGCUACAAGGGUAUAAGAUGUUUGGGAUUCAAGAUGGCGGUAUGUGUGUUACAAGUCCCACGGCUCAUAAAACAUACAACAAAUACGGUGAAUCACAAGAAUGUAAAAGCGAUGGCAAAGGAGGACUUUUGGCCAAUCAAGUUUAUCGUUUCCCGGGAAGAAAAGAUUCUUUUGACGCCGUUAACAUCACAUCAAUCGGAUGUUACCGUGACUUAGAGGAUUAUCCGGCUAUCCCUAGGCUAGAGGGACAAGACCCGCGUCUGGAUGGAGCGAACUACAAAGGGAGAACCGAUGCAAUAGAAAAGUGUGCAUUUGUAGCUAAGCAACGCGGGAACAAAGUGUUUGCUCUUCAAGAUGGUGGCAUGUGCUUAAGUAGUUCCACUGCGCACAUGACCUUUCAGGUAUAUGGCUCGUCAAGUCGGUGCAAAAGCGAUGGAAGAGGAGGGAAAGAAGCAAAUUAUGUUUACGUUAUUGGAGGAAUCAAGGAUCUCUAUUCUGCGAUUGAGUACAAAUCACUUGGAUGUUACAAAUACAAACCUCAGAACAGCGGGCUGGCUUCUCUGGAAGGAAAAGAUGUUCUUGACGGUAAUUACAAACUCAGAACAGAUGCAAUUGAGAAGUGCGCACUGGCAGCCAUGAAGACACAAAAAGACGUUUUCGCCAUUCAAGAUGGCGGAAAAUGUCUUGUUAGUAGCACUAGAGACCCAGCGUUCAACAAGUAUGGAAUCUCACAGGAUUGUAAAAGCGAUGGAAAAGGUGCAUCAGGGGCGUCUCAUGUUUACCUUACUUUUGGGAUUGAAGCUCUAACAGAUCGCACUGAAUCUGGAAUUCGUCGGGGAUGAUACAAAGACCUACCUGUGCGAGCCAUGGAAAUCCUAGAAGGGAAAGAUCACUUUCUUGACGGCAACUAUACCACAAGAAAAGAUGCUCUUUG